AUGGCUGAUGGUUGGACUGAUAAUUCACAUAGGUCAUUGAUCAAUUUUAUGGUGGAUUGUCCUAAGGGAGUUUGUUUUGUGAAAUCAAAUGAUGUUUCAGAUGUUGUGAAGGAUGUUGGGACAUUGUUGAAGAUGUUUGAGGAAGUAGCUUUAUGGAUUGGACCAAAUAGUAUUGUCCAUUUUGUCUCAAACAAUGGAUCCAAUUAUAAAGUUGCUGGAAGAAUGUUGUCUGAGAAAUAUCUGAGUAUUACUUGGUCACCCUGUGUAGCACAUAGCAUAAAUUUGGUGUUAAAAGACAUAGCUGAGAUGGAUCACAUAGUUUAUCUUGUGAGACGUGCUUCUGAGGGUUGGAAAGAAAUUGUCCGUCCGAGCGUAACCUGUUUUGCUACAACUUUCAUUGCAAUGAGAAGCCUUCAUGAGCACAAACAUGACUUGCAAGCCAUGGUGACAAAUAAGUCAUUUGUUGAUUCUCGAUAUGCAAAAAGAUAUGUGUAUGAUGACAUGUAUAGAGCGAAAAAUGCAAUUAAGAAGUUGUUUAAGAAUAAAAAGAGAUUGUACAAGCUUUAUACACAAAUCAUUAACCUACGUUGGGAUAGGAUGUUACACCGUGAUAUCCAUGUUGUGGCUUAUUAUAUGAAUCAUGCCUUUAAAUAUGACGAAACAUCUUUUUGUGUCAAGCCAGAAGUCAUGAGUGGUUUCCUUGAUACUAUUAACAGUAAAGCAAGUGCGUUCAAUUUGAACAAGACAAGGUUAAUGGAAGAGAGUAGAUUAUAUUCAAAUCGGGAGGAAAGCUUUUCUCAUGGGCUUGCUCUUGAAACCGCCAAAACCACACGUCCUAGUUUUUAA